AUGGACGAAAACCAUGCUAUCCAGUACCUGGAAUCCUUGAUUGGUCAGACGCUCCGGGUGCACGCGACAGACACGCGCAUUUUCGUGGGCAACUUCAAGUGUACAGAUGCGGCCCGCAACAUUAUUCUCGGAAACACCUUCGAGUACCGAUUCCCAUCCUCGUCAGCCGUUCGAGAUGCUGCAACCGAUGCAAGCGCGCUUAGUCAAGACUCGGGGACAGCGGCGGAUUCGGCGAGCGUCAAGGUCAAUAUGACGAGUCGAUUUAUUGGGCUGGUGGUUGUUCCCGGUCAGCACAUCACGAGAAUCGAGCUGGAAGAGACCCCACAGCAGAGUCGGGUGCGUGAGACGCUCAGGAAAUCAUAA